UUGUUGUUAUUUUAAAGUCCCAUCCCGACAAAAGGAAAAAUGCAAAACGUGACUGUACUACCAAAGCCGCCACCAACACCGUAAGUCCGUCAUUAAAUUAACCCAUUUCUGCUCUGCUCACUCCACUCCGGCGACUUCUUUUCCCUCCGGCGACCUCAUCCACACACAACCAAAAUGGCUUCUCAAGUUCCUAGAAUCAAGCUCGGUUCACAAGGCCUCGAAGUGUCCGCACAGGGCCUCGGCUGCAUGGGCAUGUCCGCCUUCUACGGCCCUCCCAAGCCCGACUCCGACAUGAUCGCUUUAAUCCACCACGCCGUCGACCGCGGCAUCACUCUUCUCGACACCUCCGAUAUCUACGGUCCAUUCACCAACGAAAUCCUGGUCGGAAAGGCUCUCAAGGGCGGCUUCAGAGACAAGGUCGAACUGGCCACCAAAUUCGGAAUUAGUUUCGCCGACGGCAAGAGGGAGAUCCGUGGAGACCCAGCCUAUGUAAGAGCCGCUUGCGAGGCCAGUUUGAAGCGCCUCGAUGUCGACUGCAUCGAUCUCUAUUACCAACAUCGAAUUGACACUAAGGUUCCGAUUGAAGUCACGAUUGGAGAACUUAAAAAAUUAGUUGAAGAAGGUAAACUGAAGUACAUAGGUCUAUCUGAAGCUUCAGCUUCCACAAUCAGAAGAGCACAUGCUGUCCAUCCAAUAACAGCUGUGCAGCUUGAAUGGUCCUUGUGGUCAAGAGAUGUAGAGGAAGAGAUCAUUCCUACUUGCAGAGAACUUGGCAUUGGAAUUGUGGCAUACAGCCCUCUUGGACGAGGCUUCUUCUCAUCUGGGCCCAAGCUCCUCGAUGGUCUCCAAGAUAAUGAUUUCCGGAAGCACUUGCCACGGUUCCAAGGCGAAAAUCUAGAGCACAAUAGAACUGUGUUUGAGAAGGUUAGUGCAAUAGCAGAAAGAAAAGGAUGCACCUCAUCGCAGCUUGCUUUGGCCUGGGUUCAUCACCAAGGGAACGAUGUAUGUCCAAUUCCCGGAACGACUAAGAUUGAAAAUCUCGAUCAGAACAUUGGAGCUUUAUCAGUAAAACUCACACCUGAAGAACUGGCUGAACUCGAAGGCCUUGCUUCAGCUGAUGCAGUCAAAGGCGAUCGAUAUUCAAGCCCCAUGGCGACAUGGAAGAACUCUGAGACACCACCCCUCUCUUCAUGGAAAGCCUAAGGUCAUACCUCUGUCUAGAGCUGCAUUACAUGCUAUGGACUUGUGAUUGUGGUUUUAGAGUCUGCUGGCAGUUUGUGGAUUGUAUAAUAAAUCUAUGGAUCAUUUUUUAAUAAUCAAAGAGAAAAGAUCAUACCAGCAUCUUUUUGCUUUUAUAUAGCUGAAAUUUGACCAAAAUGUCAUGAUUUAUCAACUCUAGCUGGGAUGAUGUCUUGUAUGUAUUGCACUCGAACAUGAGAAUGUUUAUGCUAAUGGAGUUCUUAGCUUUCGUUUGGUUUAA